CAACCAUCCAAGUGCUCAAGCGCUCAAGUUCAAGUUUAAGCUUCAAAUUCUGUGUUUUACUAUGACAAAUUUUUCCUCCACGCUGCCCAUGUCGGAACUGUUUUCAACCAAUCGAUUGGCUCACGAAACAGGCCUCAGAGCCGCCUUGUGUCACUUAGACGCUCUAGGAGGUCACAACGGAUUACAACCUGCAAUCGAGCACCUACUCUCUCACCCUCGUAUUUUUGCAUACAUCGUCUCUGUUUGGGAUCGCUCUGCAGAAAUGGUGUCACAAAUAGUGGAUGACUUUCCCACAGACGCCCAAGAGUACCGAUCGUCCCUUGCAUGCGAGAUACUGGACAAUGUGUCCGUUUACGCUCUCGCCCUGCCAAUCGAGUCUUUGGCAAGGGAAGUCGCGAAGGAUAUCGGUCGCUACCGGGCCUUCAUUGAGGGCGCACACCCCGUGCUUUGUGCAUUGAGCGCUAUGAAAUUCGCUGAUGUACAGUCGCUUACGAGCGCCGAAUCUGACGACAGAGUUGUCAACAUGCAAGCGUCUCAAGUCAUGCGCAAGCGUAAUUGCCAGAAUGCUCGUGUAACUAUCGAUGCAUCACUCUUCAUCAAACUUGGCAUGGCUGUGCCUCCCACGAGUCAGGCGGCCACAUCAUUGUCCACCGAUAUACUUGCAGAACUGAAGAAAACCCUCUCGUUUUACCUCUCGCUUCUGCGGAGGACGGAAUUAGUGGGCGACAUCAAAGCCUUGCUCUUCCCAAAUGUGGAAGAGUCUGCCAAAGAUGUUGCGCCUGAAGUUUCGUUCCCCGAAGACGCUGAGAGCCCAUCAGAAGAAAGUGCGUAUCCAAUGGUACAACCCAUGAAGGCUGCUCUUUUCUUCGACAAUGCGGACGGGUUCGGCGACUGGCAAAUCCUCAUAUCCACUGAGGCAUAUAAACAUCUACGCGAACAUCGCCGAGCGGAUAAAAAAAUAUUCAAGAUUAUCUACAAGAAGAUCAAGUCUGUCUUUUGAUGACAUUUAUAUUGCUGAUCUUAUGAUUACCACAGACAUCUCUCGCAUGGUCAAUUCUCAACUGACAAUUACAAGAGACUCAAUGGGCCGGAUGCAGGCAUUCCUGUCUUCGAAGCCAAGAUGACCAAAGACUUACGACUGGUGGUAGACGUCAUUUCUUAGAACCUCUAGGCAGGAGAUAACCUAUUUUUGUAAUAGUACCAGAUCGAUUGCGUCCCUGACCAGGGUGGGGAGUCUGAGAGACAAGGUGCGCCAUCAUGCACCACGAAUGGACAUCAUCGCUCACACGAAUACCAGUCAUCAAA